CUCUCUUCACAUCUCCGGUCUCUCUCUCUCUUAUUGGGGAAUGGCGGCGGGUGGAGAGCAUCUCCGUCGCCGCCGGCGAGGUGUGGUGCGGCGGGCGUCGCGUGACGCCCCAAGGUUGCGAAGGAUCUGGUGCUACACCGCCUCCUCCAUGCGGUCAACGGCGAGCCACUACUGCCCACAAAUGCUACCGGGGCGGGAACUGUGGUGCGACGAGUGUCGGCCGUGCAGCACGGAGGGGCGGAGCAUCCUCUGCGAUGCCCAGCUCUUCCCAUGCGGUCAACGGCAAGCCGCCAUCUCCCCCGAAGCCUACCUCUCCUCCCGGCGCAGAUUUGGCUCGGUGGCAACGCAGGGGUCGCCAAGGCCUUGGCCUUCACUGUCCAGCCCAGAAUUGAGUCGGAUAAUUAGACCACUUGCUCCAGCAAGUAGGGUUGAUGAUGUGAAAUAAGGGCUCAUCGAAGAGUUAAACAAGAAGUUCAAGUCAGAGUUCAACACGACCUGAAUUAGGCAAUAAUAUAGGUAGGAAUUAGGCUGGUGGAGGGCUAGGUACGUAUACUCUCUAUUCCUGAUGCUUCCUUAUAUCUUACUAUUUUUAAGGGGGCGGUGGCUAGUUAUAAAACAUGCAGAAGUAGUCAAUAAACACGGCUCUAAACUAGGCAAAAGUACGCAUUUCUGUGAGCAAUAAAAUGAAUGUGUUUGAUGCAGUUUUAGUCGAUUCCAUCUUCUAUUUUUUCAGCCUGCACAACAUAAGAGUAAAUACUAUGUUCAGUCAUCCUGGGAGCACAUAUUCGAACUCUAUUAGGCAAUUAUAUGGUUCUUAAUUAUGCAAUAAUAUGUUUUGAAAUAGCAAAAUAGUGUACUUCACCAUGCUAUAAAGGGGCAUUGCUCUCGCUGGGGUUUUUGUAAAGGCUAACUUUGUGUUUCUAUGAAGGAGCAUUUUGUAUAAUCUGUACAGUGCUGGCUGGCACAAGGGGUUGGUUUGGUUUACUCAUGAACAGUUAUACAGUGUGUAACUAGGGUGGUCCAAUUUAUAAUCUAGGCAAUUUAGUGUAUGCAACUCAAGCGUUUUAUAUGAAAUCAAAAGCAAUUUUAUAUGGUUUGCUAGUUUUUAUAUUCUUGUUUAUCAUUUCUGGCACAUGCAUGCAUUUUAUAUGAGUAUUCUCCACAUGCAAGUUAAAUGGUUUCAUGCAUUUAAUUUCUCAUGUUCAAUAGGCAAUUAUAUGAUCAUGUGGUAGGUAAGAAAAUGGACAGGAGCAUGCAAUUUUUUUUAUAUUGUGGGUUUGUGCAAAAACAAGUUCAGUAGGGAAUUUUAUGGUCCAUAUCAUGCAAUCUUUUGGUUACAAACAAGCAAAUCAAUCCAAUUGCCAAUGCAAUUUCAGAUGACCUUUUUUUUAUUUUUUUAGGUGCUUCUGUUGAUUAUCAUGAUACAUCUUUUCACUUCAACCAACUUAUUUUUGUUUGUUUGAUCUUUUUAUUAUGUGCUACAUGCUAACUGAUUUGGUUCAAUUUUCUCAUUGUACCGACAGGUCAUGAAAGGAGCUCACUAGCUAUGCAAAUCUGGGGGGGGGGCAAAUCUGUAAAUAGCCUAUUGUAAUUUUUUUUUUGCAAAUUAGGUUCAUGUACUUCCAUAUGAGAAAAUUUGGGACCCGUGCCUUUUUUUUUUGAAUGUGUGAGUAUUUCUUGCUGUGCAUCGGUAGUAAUAUGCCGAGAAAAUUACGUGGACCCGAUAGACACCUCGUGUUACUCGCCCCAAGGCUCUGUGCGUGCCAGUAGGUUGUACUGUAAAAGGAAAGUUGGACCCGACUGUAUUUUUUUUUUCAAAAAGGAACGGCCGUGCGGCCGGCCUAAUUUACGGCCGGCCGUACCUUAGCCGGGGUCCUAUUUUCUUUGUAUGCUUUGCGCUUCGCGUAUUGAAGAUUUAUUUAAAAUUUGAAACCUCAAAUGUACGCUCUCUAACUAACAUGGGCCGAAAUCUGAUUUGCGGCCCAGACGCCGACCUCCAUCGGGUAACUGACCACCCCAGUUACACCCCACACCGCUCCUACAACACCCGCAUCCGCAUCGGCCCCGGCCAUUCUUGCCCUCGCUGAUUGCCCGUCUACACCUCCACCGCUUCGCCGGCGCCCGCCCGCGCCGUCCGACCAUGGGGGUGCUCACGGCUGCGGAGCUCAACUACCUCGUCUUCCGCUACCUGCAGGAGUCCGGUUUCAUUCAUGCUGCCUUUACUCUAGGGUAUGAAGCAGGGAUCCAUAAGGGUGGCAUUGAUGGAAAUGCAGUCCCACCUGGUGCUCUCAUCACUGUUGUGCAGAAAGGCCUCCAUUACAUAGAACUGGAAUCAAAUACCGAAGAGAAUGAUGAAGAAAUUGAGAAGGAUUUUGCCCUUCUGGAACCACUUGAAAUCAUCACAAAGGAUGUUGAAGAGUUGCAACAGCUUGUGAAGAAGAGAAAAAGGGAGAGAUCUCAAACCGACCGUGAGAAGGAUAAGGGAAAAGAGAAAGAACGUAAUGAGGAGCAUGAACGGCGUCCUGGAGGUGAACGCGAGAGGGAUCGCCAUGACAAGGAAAAAGAACAGGUGAGGGAGAAAGAUAAAUCUGAAAAAGACAGGGAGCAUGAGAAGGAAAAGGAGAAAGAAAAGCAGCAUACAGAACGUAUUGAUAAGGUUAAGCAUGAGGAAGAUUCUCUUGCUGGUGGAGGUCCCACUCCAAUGGAUGUAAGUGUAACUGCUCAGGAGAUUUGUAGCACCGAUGUGACUGUUUUGGAAGGGCACAGUUCAGAGGUGUUUGCUUGUGCCUGGAGUCCAACUGGUUCUCUUCUAGCUUCUGGGUCAGGAGACUCAACAGCUAGAAUCUGGACAAUUCCAGAUGGUCCAUGUGGUUCCAGCAUGCAAUCAUCCCUUCCGGGUGUUCAUGUUUUGAAACAUUUUAAAGGUCGGACCAAUGAGAAGAGCAAGGAUGUCACUACACUUGACUGGAAUGGUGAAGGUACACUAUUGGCUACAGGCUCCUACGAUGGGCAAGCAAGAAUAUGGAGUAGAGAUGGAGAGCUGAAGCAGACAUUGUUCAAACACAAGGGGCCUAUAUUUUCGUUGAAAUGGAAUAAGAAAGGAGAUUUUCUCCUAAGUGGAAGCGUUGAUAAAACUGCUAUUGUUUGGGACACAAAGACAUGGGAGUGCAAGCAGCAGUUUGAAUUUCAUUCAGCUCCAACACUAGAUGUUGACUGGAGAAAUAAUAACUCCUUUGCAACAUGCUCAACUGACAACAUGAUCUAUGUUUGCAAGAUUGGGGAACAGCGUCCAGUUAAAGCAUUCAGUGGUCAUCAGAGUGAAGUUAAUGCUAUCAAGUGGGAUCCAACUGGUUCCUUUUUGGCUUCAUGUUCUGAUGACUGGACAGCAAAGAUUUGGAGUAUGAAGCAAGAUAAGUGUGUAUUUGAUUUUAAGGAGCAUACCAAGGAAAUAUAUACUAUUCGGUGGAGCCCAACAGGCCCAGGAACAAACAAUCCUAAUCAGCAGUUGCUUUUGGCUAGCGCAUCUUUUGAUUCUACUAUCAAGCUUUGGGAAGUAGAGCAAGGACGCCUUUUGUACAGCCUUGCUGGCCAUAGGCAACCAGUGUAUUCUGUUGCAUUUAGCCCUGAUGGCGAAUACUUAGCGAGUGGGUCCCUGGAUCAGUGCCUGCACAUCUGGUCUGUGAAAGAAGGCAGGAUCCUCAAGACCUACAGAGGGACUGGAGGCAUCUUUGAAGUGUGCUGGAACAAGGAAGGCAGCAAGAUUGCGGCCUGUUUCUCGAACAACACCGUCUGCGUGAUGGAUUUCAGGAUGUAGUUCAUCCAGUACGGUAGUGCAUCUCAGGCCAAAAACAGGGCUAGAUAUGUCCCUCCCACGGAUGUGGGAAGGGCGGCAUUAUUAGCUUAUAAUGUAUACAUCUUAGGUGGCUUUAGUUUCUCCGUCCAUGUACAGUUUUCUUCCGGUUGCUCUGACCAGUGUAGCUAUGUUGUAGUGCAGAAGUCUUAACAGGGGUUUAGUCGUAUGGAUGGAAAUGUUUUGCUCAUCAUCCUUCUGAACGCAUUGCAGUCACUGGCCGGACUUGUUACUCCCUCCGUCCUUGAUUUGUCUUUUCUAGAUUCAUGUUUAGAUCUAAAAAUUACCAAAACGAUCUAUAAUUUUGGGCCGGAGAGAGUACUUGAUUAGCAUGUUACUGCACAUGCUGUAGCGUUGUACUUCGAUUUUGUUGCCUUUUUCAUGAUAUAAAGUAGCACAGUUUAGACUGGAAA